UAUCAGCAUUCGGAAGCCUUGAUGUUCGGCUCGAGGAGGACAAUAGCGGUGGAGCGGAGAGAAAAAUCACUGCACAGUCUGGAGCUGUGAAACACCACAAAUGCGGAUAGAUGCAAAACAAACACACGCCGGGGUUUGGGAAAGAAGACAAUGUGUGGUGUUUAUUGAGCACGGGAUAUAUAUUUGUGGCUUGAAAAAGCAGAAUAAGAAACACGGACUGAUUUAAUGUAACGUUAAGUGGUUGCCAGCACUCUCCCUCUCCACACCUGCUCCUGUGGAAAAAAUGAGCUCUUCUCCUGUCGUGUCUCGAGUGUCUGUCGACAUCCUGGAGGAGCUUCAGCUCUUCGCUGCUCAGAACCUGGAGAAGCUUGAGGUUAACAAGUACUAUGAGGUUAUCCGAGAGCUGGGCAAAGGCACCUACGGCAAGGUGGACCUUGUCAUUCAUAAAAUUAGAGGUACCAAGAUGGCACUAAAAUUCCUCAAGAAGAAGACCACUAAACUAAAGAGUUUUUUGAGGGAGUAUAGCAUAUCACUGUACCUCUCCCCAUGUCCCUUUAUAAUCAACAUGUUCGGUAUUGCAUUUGAGACCGAGGAUUACUACGUGUUUGCACAGGAGUACGCCUUAGCUGGGGAUCUCUUUGACAUCAUUCCUCCACAGGUGGGACUUCCGGAGCCUGUGGCCAAGCGUUGUGUCCACCAGGUGGCCCUUGCCUUGGAUUACCUGCACUGUAAGAAGUUGGUACACCGCGACAUCAAGCCAGAGAACGUGCUGCUCUUUGACAGGGAGUGCCGCAGGGUGAAGCUCUCUGAUUUUGGCAUGGCACGGUGCGCAGGCUCUGUGGUGAAGCGUGUCAGUGGCACAAUCCCGUACACAGCUCCCGAGCUGAGUGAUGCCUCCCAGCGUGAUGGCAUCUGUGUGGACUACAGCACAGAUGUGUGGGCCCUGGGUGUUCUCCUUUUCUGCAUGCUUACCGGCAACUUUCCCUGGGAGAAAGCAGUGCCCACGGAUACAUUCUAUGACGAGUUUGCUCGCUGGCAGCGGAAGCCAACAGGCACGGUCCCCUCACAGUGGCGCAGAUUCAGCGACGAGGUGUUAAUAAUGUUCCGCAAACUCCUUGCUCUGGAGAGGGAGCGCCGCUGCACCGUCAAGGAGGUGUUCACCCAUUUUGGCCAGCGCUGGAUGCUGGAUGGGGAAGCAGGAAGAGGCGGUGGAGGAGGACACCACCAGGUGGCGCACAGCUCUUCUUCUUCAGAUGAGGAACUGCUGGUGGACCGGAUGAAACAGCAAACCCUAUCUCCGAGCAAGAACAGCGCGGUGGAGUCAGGAAUGGCCGCUCAUCACUUCAGCUCAGUGUCCACCAACAGCUCGGUGUCAUCCACUACCAGCUAUGAGCGCAUGCCCAGAGACAACGCCACCAGCGGCCGCAUCCUUGUCACUACACCGAUCGAGAUCUGUGUGUAGAUCUCACCGCUGUACAUAAACCGUAACACGGCUUCCUUAACCGAUACAUUUUCUCAUGCCUUCAUAAAAGAUUAAUUACAUAAGUAAACCACCUUCUAAGGGUAUUAUAACACCGUUGAGUGUGAAUGAAGCAAAAAAAAAUUAGAUACACCCUCUAAUUUAUUGAACUAGUUUUGUGAUUAUUGUGUUUUUGGUUUUCGUUCUCCAAUGAGGACACAUUGCACUCUUUUUGGGAAAGAUUGUCUUUAGUGGAAUUCCUUUAAGAAAGGAAGUGCACAGAAGCUGUAAACUAGAGUAAAGAUGCACCACUAAAGCAGAUCUGUAAAUGAAUAAAUGCUACACAAUGGAAUUGAGCUCUGGCAGAAGAUCAAGAGUAACGAUUAGGGCUAGACCAAAACAUAUUCCUUAAAGCAAUAUACGAUGCAAAAAAGAAAAUGGAUGUGGACUGAGAUUACUGUUGGGAUCUACAUUCUCGACAUGGUGUCUUGAUCCAUUUUUUGGGGUGAAAGUGGUGACAUGAAAUGUUGCUAGAACUUCUCUGUGAUGUCAUCAUACAUUAGGGAGCAAAGAGGAUGUUGCUUAAAAGCGUGUGCGCUUGUGUGUGUGUAUUUUGUAGUAACUUGAAAUUGAGUUCUUUCUCUUUCCUUUUUUCAAUUGUUUGAAGUCUAUUUUCAGAAGUAUAUUUUUACAGUUGAUUUAUAAAGUAAUUUAAUGGUUUACAUUUCAUUUAUUUUGGUACACUGUUGAAGCUCUUGUGCCAAGCCCAGCUGGCAUUGUGCAGCCUCACUGCGAUGUCUACGACUGUUUAUUCCUGACAGCUUUAAAACAGGAUAGAGAAGUGGCACUGAGGUUGGCUGCUUAUUGUACUUGGCUCAAAGGAGUGACAAGUAAAACAGAUCUCAUGCCAAUGAGACAGUGCAGAGCCUCAAACCGGCUGUCAAUGUUAUCACCCCCCCCUCCCAGCAACCACACACAAACACACACCAGGAUAAAACUACUAUGGUGUAGAAGUUAAGCUUCGCUGCCCACGAUGAAGGUUAUGAGUUCAAAUCCCGAAGCCGCUUUUAGCCCUUUAACCUUCAAUUUCUCACAUAUUCAAUUGGAUUGUGCCUUGUUUGGCAAACGAGUAAAUAUAACGAUUUGUGUUUUUACGUUCUCUACACAUUGAAGCCCCAAUGACCAGCGUCAAUCAAACCGGUUCCGUCGAUCGCAACCAGGUUGGAGAUCCACUGCCGGAUCAACGGGUUGCACUUUGUCAACCAGUCCUCGAUGUCAAACCAACAUAUCUAUUCUAUUAAGACUUGCGGGUACAAAGGAAGUAUUUUUUGCUGUUUCUGUAGUGUUUCUUUCUAUUGUUUUUCUUUACAAAUUCUACAUAUGUUUUUUUUGUAUAUUGAUUUGAACUUUGUCAAGUAGAGUGUACACAAGGACAUCUACCGACUGCAUGAAAUAAGCAUCCUAACUAGGUCAUAAAAAAAAACCCUGUUGUAAUUAUGUGAGAAUGUUGUAAUGUGAGUUUAUUUUGCUGUAGCACAGUUUAUUGGGGACUUUUCCAGACUUGGAUCCGUGUUACAAUUUAGAAAAGUUAGGGCUAAAAAAAAAAGAGAAAAGAAAUAAAAUUCAAAUAAAUAUCAAGGCAAUUGAUAAUUAGUUAGUUUUCACUGUGUUGUAUUACUGUGCUGUCAUGUUGUUAUUGUUGUGUUUCUGUUUCCUCAAAAUAAGGAGAAAAAUUGUUCAGUACUGUUACGGUGGAGAGUUCUGUGUAAAGGAGUGACAUGAUUGAGACGAAAUUGGAUCAACUUGAGUUUAUGCCUCAGUGAGAAUUGAUUAUUUGAUUAUUGUUGCACCCCUGAGGUUUGGAUAGAAUUAAUCCUUUAGACUCGUGUGUUUCGCGUGUAUUGUUUUUUUCCCCCCUGCAUGAAUUUAUGACGUGCUUUUUAAACAAAAACGUAAACAUGGUUUAACGUUGUAGUAUUACUUCGUAGACGUGUAGAAGCUGGAUGGAUGUAACGUAGCAAUCUGCACAGACUAACGCACACACUUUACUUUUUCCAAUGUUUUUUUUGUGAAUACUGAUAAAGAAUAUACACUGGCUUUAUGGUGACCCUUAAGAGCCUAGGCACAUCGAUGCCCAGCUGUAUCUUUUUGUCCUUAUUUCCACCCAGGAGUGGAAUUGGAAACACAAUCCGAGAGCGAUCAACUCUGUUACCUACAAACCCCUGAACUUCUGUCCACUAAUGUCUUUGCAAUACUACUGUCUUCCUGUAAGGUCUGAUUUAUUAAAAGUAAACCAACAUGUGCACCUUC